CGCCCCCCGUCCGUGAGGAAAAUGGCGGAGCUGGAGCUGGGGCGGCACUGCGAGGCGGAGGGCUGCCGGCAGCUCGAUUUUCUCCCUUUUGUGUGUGAUGGCUGUUCAGGUGUCUUUUGCCUUCAGCACAGGAGCCGGGAAGCUCAUGGGUGUUCUGAGGUGAAUAUAAGAAACAAUUCUGUGAAACCAGAUCAGCACAGAUCUUACCCGUGCUCAUAUAAGGACUGCAAUGCAAAGGAGCUUUUACCAGUUCUGUGUCCCUACUGUGAAAAACAUUUUUGCCUAAGACACCGGCAUCAGUCAGACCAUGAGUGUGAGAAACUGGACACACCAAAACCUCGAAUGGCUGCCACCCAACAGCUAGUUAAACAUAUUAUAGAUUCUAAAAAAAAUGAAGAAGCAAAAAGCAAAAAACGUAAAGGAGCAAAAAACAGUGAAACAGCAGCAAAAGUGGCAUUAAUGAAACUGAAAAUGCACGCGUGUGGGGACAAGUCCUUGCCUCAGACGGAAAGAAUUUACUUUCAAGUAUUUUUACCAAAGGGAAACAAAGAGAAAAGCAAGCCCAUGUUCUUUUGCAGUAAGUGGAGUAUUGGCAAAGUAGUAGAUUUUGCAGCUUCUUUAGCAAGCCUUAAAAAUGACAACAACAAAUCAACAGCCCAGAAAUUGAGGUUAUGCCAUACUACCUCUGGAGAAGCCUUACCAUUUGAGGACACAUUGGAAAAAUGGCUAUCUGAUAAAGAAUGUCCAUUAUUCAAUGGUGGAAAUAUAAUUUUGGAGUAUCUUGAUAAUGAUGUUCUAUUUAUAGAAGAUACAGAGUCAUACUUAGGUUAAUUAGUAAAUUAUUGCGAACAACAAUAUUUUUUUAGAAGUCUGGUAUUAAAACCAAAGCCAUUUUCCUUUUAAAUAACUAGUAUGCCAGAAUCUGUCCUCAGUUAUAAAGACACAUUUCCCUUCAAUUCCUCAGUUGCAUAACUGCCAGAAGAACUAUGUCCUAAAAGGAAUAUUAGUUAUUUUAUUAACUAAUGUUACAGAUACUAUCUAGAAUAAAUUUGUGCUUUAUUUAACUGUAAAAUGGCAAUAAUGUUUUCCUAAUUUUUUAUUUAUAUUUGUGUAAAUUAUGGGAAAAGUGUAUAUUAAAAACAAAUAAUGAAAAU